UAAUCCCAGCACUUUGAGAGGCUGAGACAGGAGGAGUGCUUGAGACCAGGAGUUUGAGACUUAGCCUGGGCAACACAGACUCCAUCUCUACCAAAAAAAAAAAAAAAAAAAAUAGCAGGGCGUGGUGGUGUGAGCCUGUAGUCCCAGCUACUCUGGAGGCUGAAGUGGGGAGGAUGGCUUGAGUCCAGGAGUUCAAGGCUGCCGUAAGCCAUGAUGGCGCCACUGCACUCCAGCUUGGGUGACAAUGCGAGAACCCCGUCUCUAAAAACAAACAAAAAGACAUUAAAGCGUGUUUGUAAAUUGAAGGGAAGAAGAAAGAUAUUUGUGAUGCAGAAGCUAAAAAAAGGGAUAAUUAACAGGGAUAGAGUUCCUGAAAAGACUAAGAUGAUGAGAUUCAUUGCACAAGUGGAGGGAUUAGCUUGGAUGGCUGGGUCCUGUCUCCACAUUAACAGAAGUGAAGGUCAAUUUCAGCACCUGUCAUAAUUUCCUGGGCCCAGUGCAAAAUGAAACUGUAGGGCUCCUUAUUCCAAAAUUAUUAAGAAUUUCAAGACUACAACAGAAGAGCAUGAAAUCAAGCGUGGAGCCUUUCUAAGCCUGGGUGCUAUGCGACUGCAAUUUGUACUCCCAUGAAGCUGGCCCUAGUCAAGUACGUAGUGAGGUCGAUGAGGAAGAGGCUGUCCUGUGGUAAGUCCCUUCUAGGAUUGGAAGAGAUGAGUAAGGCUACUUUCAGCUUCACUGUUCUACACGCUGGGGGGGUCACUAGCAAGGGAGAGGGGCAAAACUUGUCCCUUUUAAACUUCCAACCCUGCCAGAUUUGAGUCCAGGGCUUUCUAGAAGUCUCCACGGCAUCGGGUGACCAUAGCAACUCACGCCAAACUCUCGGGCCCAUGGCUCCGCCCACCGCUUCGUGGACGCGCUUGUUGAUUGGCUCAGAAUGUCGACCAAUGGUCGGCGAAGCGGGUUGCUUGCCGCACGGUCAAUGGCCGCAAACCGGGAGGAAGGCGGGAAGAGAGGAGGAGGAGGCGGGCCUGGGCGGCCGCGCGCGUGCGUGUUUCCGGCUCCGCUGCGGAAGGCGGACGACUAGAGUCGUUGGGCCCGGCGGGACCUGAAGGAGGGUAGAGAGCGCGGGACUAGAGUGCAGAGCUCGGGCUGUGGAUCGGAGCCGGCGCGAUGGGCGGAGAGCAGGAGGAGGAGCGGUUCGACGGCAUGUUGCUGGCCAUGGCUCAGCAGCACGAGGGCGGCGUGCAGGAGCUUGUGAACACCUUCUUCAGCUUCCUUCGACGCAAAACAGACUUUUUCAUUGGAGGAGAAGAAGGGAUGGCAGAGAAGCUUAUCACACAGACUUUCAGCCACCACAAUCAGCUGGCACAGAAGACCCGGUGGGAGAAGAGAGCCCGGCAGGAGGCCGAGCGGCGGGAGAAGGCGGAGCGGGCGGCCAGACUGGCCAAGGAAGCGAAGUCAGAGACCUCAGGGCCCCAGAUCAAGGAGCUAACUGAUGAAGAGGCAGAGAGGCUGCAGCUAGAGAUUGACCAGAAAAAGGAUGCAGAGAAUCAUGAGGCCCAGCUCAAGAACGGCAGCCUUGACUCCCCAGGGAAGCAGCAGGAGACUGAGGAAGAUGAGGAGGAGGAAGAUGAGAAGGACAAAGGAAAACUGAAGCCCAACCUAGGCAACGGGGCAGACCUGCCCAAUUACCGCUGGACCCAGACCCUGUCGGAGCUGGACCUGGCAGUCCCUUUCCGUGUGAACUUCCGGCUGAAAGGGAAGGACGUGGUGGUGGACAUCCAGCGGCGGCACCUCCGGGUGGGGCUCAAGGGGCAGCCAGCGAUCAUCGAUGGGGAGCUCUACAACGAAGUGAAGGUGGAGGAGAGCUCGUGGCUCAUUGAAGACGGCAAGGUGGUGACUGUGCAUCUGGAGAAGAUCAAUAAGAUGGAGUGGUGGAGCCGCUUGGUGUCCAGUGACCCUGAGAUCAACACCAAGAAGAUUAACCCCGAGAAUUCCAAGCUGUCAGACCUAGACAGUGAGACUCGCAGCAUGGUGGAAAAGAUGAUGUAUGACCAGCGACAGAAGUCCAUGGGGCUGCCAACUUCAGACGAACAGAAGAAACAGGAGAUUCUGAAGAAGUUCAUGGAUCAGCAUCCGGAGAUGGAUUUUUCCAAGGCUAAAUUCAACUAGCUCCUGUUUUUGCCUUCCUGAACCCUUGGGGCUGAGCUGCAACCACCCAACUUUCUUUCCCACUCUUCUCUGGGACUUGUGGGCCUCAGGGCUUGGGGCAGGCAUGGGACUGGCCCAGGCACACAGGUCCCAGGGCAUCAGGAGAAAGGCUGGGGCAUGGGACCUUAUCCUCCCCAGUUGGUCUACUGUUACACAUUAAAACGAUUUGCCCAGCUC